CCUCCGCCCGCUCCAUGGCGCUGCCGCGGGGCAUGGUGGGAGGGAGGGGGUGGGCCGCCAUGUCGAGGGGGCUGUGGUGUGUGCUGAGCCCCGUGUGUCGGCGCCUGGGGCUGGGCACGCAGCCCGUGCUCCCCAGCAGCCUGCUGACGGGGAGCACAACAGUAAAAUGGAGAAAGGGAAAUGCUGGAGAGGGCUGCAGCCUGCCGGGCUCCUCCUGGGGAGAGAGGUUAGCAGACGCAGUGACACCAUUGUGGAGACUUCCCUACCAGGAGCAGCUGCAGGUCAAGUACGAAAACCAGAGGAAGGUUUUACAGACACUGGCAUCGCGUCUGCAGGAGCUGGGUGUAGAUGUGCAGAAACCUGGUGAACUCUGCUGUCCUCUCCGUCCUGUAGUCCCUUCACCUGUCAUUAACGGCUACCGAAACAAAUCUACUUUCUCUGUGAACCGAGGACCAGAUGGAAACCCCAAAACUGUGGGAUUGUACGUGGGAACUGGCAGAGCAAGAAAUAUUGUCUGUGUGAGAGCUGACCAUGUGAAGAAUAUACCCUCAAACCACAAGCACGUAGCCCAGUGCUACGAGGAGUUCAUCCGUCGCUCCCCCCUGGACUCCUGCAUUCUCUUCCACGAAGGUGGACACUGGCGGGAGCUUGUGGUACGCACCACCAGCCACGGCCACACCAUGGCUAUCGUCACCUUCCACCCCCAGCAGCUGGGCCAGGAGGCUCUGGCUACUCAGAAAGCAUUGCUUAAGGAGUUCUUCGCUUCUGGACCUGGAGCAGGAUGUGCCUUGACUUCACUUUACUUCCAAGAGAGUUGCUUCAAGAGAAUGGCAGAUGUUUGGAUGUCUCUUGCAGACAUGAUUUUAAGCACCAUGACGCGCUGUUCCCAUGAGCAGUCACCCUUCCAGCUCCUUUAUGGAGAGCCACACAUCUUUGAAGAUUUGCUCGACCUGAAAUUUCGCAUCUCUCCAGAUGCCUUUUUCCAAGUGAACACAAGUGGAGCAGAAACUCUGUACCGGGCAGUUGGGGAGCUGAGUCAGGCUGAUGGAGACACCGUCCUCCUUGAUGUCUGCUGCGGGACAGGCACAAUUGGUCUCUCUCUGGCUCGCCACGUGUCCAAGGUUAUCGGUAUCGAGAUAGUGGAGAAGGCAAUAGAGGACGCCAGGUGGAAUGCUGCGUUUAAUGGAAUUUCCAACUGUGAGUUUCACAGUGGAAAGGCAGAGGCUGUGUUACCACAACUGCUGUCCUCUUGGGAAGAUACCCAACCCCUUGUUGCUGUGGUGAACCCAUCUCGAGCUGGGAUUCAUUACAGGGUUGUGCGAGCCAUCCGAAACUGCAAGGCCAUCCGAAGGCUGCUCUACGUCUCCUGCAAGCCAGAGGGUGAAGCCAUGAGGAAUUUUCUUGAUGGGAAGGCUUCUGCUACUGGUCUACAGGAUGCCCUUCAAACACAACUGCUUUCUACAGGCUGUGCUGUCCCCCUGACCCAGGGAAGAAGCUGGUCGGAGAGCCAUUUGCCCCUGUGUUGGCCAUACCUUUUGACCUGUUUCCUCAUACUGUUCAUUGUGAGCUGGUGCUGCUGUUCUCCCGCUGACAAGGAGGCAGGUAUGCAAGCUCAGAGAGCUUGGAAAGCAACCUCCUAAUGUCCUUAAGGCUGGAGUGGAUGUAGUUAUGUUUUUAAUUUAUUUUUAUACAACUUUCAAGAAAUAAAUUAUUUUCUUCUUGCUCUUGA